AUGGCUGAGUUGUGUGUUGCAGGCCUGGACUCUAAUGAAGGAGAAUCGCGACUGCUGGCCGCACACCGCCCUGCUUCCUUAUCCCUUUUCUUCCUGUCCUGCCCACGCCGCUGCUCCUGCCUAUCUAUUUUUCUCCUACGCCAUUUGCUGCUGCUGCUGCAGCACGGGGCGCCUCCCUCCCCACGAAGCCACAUCGUCGUGGUGGAGCUGCUAUUGCUGCUGCACGGGGCGCCCUCCUCCCCUGGAAGCAAAGCAGCGACUAGCAGGACUACCAGCCAUGCGUGCUACAACGGCUGCGGCAAACCAUGCUACAACGGGCCAUGGAAAAGCUGGAACCGGGCGGCAGAAAAGCUGCGACCGGGGCCACAGAAGCUGCAACGGGUAUGCCGUGAUAAAGCUGGAACUGGCGUUCAUAUUUGCUGGAACCAGUGUCAAGAUUUGCUGGAACCGGCAAUCAAAUUUGCUGGAAUUGCUGUCGCGAGGGCGUCGUUUUACUGCAACCAGCCGUGGCGUUUUGCUGGAAUGAAUUUUCUCCACUUCGAGGGCGACCAUGGUGACCACAGUGAUCAUGAUUCGCAGUUCGAGGACGGCAGCGCUACUCCGACCAGCACUUCCCUGCUACAAGCACCCUGGUUGCAUUUUUGCUACAAACGGCGCUGCCAUUUUCUACUACGCAACACCGGCGACGAACAAAUAGCUACGACCGGCGAGUUUGUUUUUCCUUGGGACGAGCGGUGAUUUUUCUGCGACCGGCAGAGCUGUCACGACCGGUUUUCCAAUAAAAAUAUUUAUUGAAAAACCAAUCUUUU